AAUACAAGGUCAUGCAAUAAAUGAAAGUCCUUUUCUAAGGCCAUAUUGAUAUAUUGUUGUGGCACAUAAACCAAUUAAGUUGAAAAAAUUUCAAUUUUUUUUUUAACGAUGUUGGGACUUGUUAAAAUUAGGGUGCAUAGAGGCAUCAAUCUACCACUCAAGGAUACAUUUCAUAGUGAUCCUUAUGUUGUUGUUACCAUGGGUGAUCAGAAAGUGAAGACUAGUUGUAAGAAGAACAACUGCAACCCUGUCUGGGAUGAUGAAUUGACCCUUGCACUGAAAAAUCCAAAUGUUCAAAUUGUUUUGACUGUGUAUGACAAGGAUACAUUUAGUAAAGAUGACAAAAUAGGUGAAGCAAAGAUAGACAUCAAACCAUAUCUUAAAGCAUUGGAAAUGAGCUAUCAUCAAGACCUUCCAAAUGGUGUCAAAGUUCAGCCAAAUAAAGACAAUUGCUUAGCUAAGGAAAGUUGCAUCAUAUGGGAAAAUGGCAAAUUGAUCCAAGACAUGACACUUAUGUUGCAAAAUGUGGAGUGUGGUGAAGUAAAAUUGCAAAUUGAGGUGAUUCCUAAAAUGUUAUCUGAGGAUGCAUUUUAUGUUGCAUAAGCUAUAAUUUUAUUAGUAAAUUUUAUAAUAUGUAUAAGUGUUAUGGGAUGAGCCUUGUAUUAGGUCAUUCUAAUUGAUAAAUAAUGUGCAAACACUAGUUGGUAUUUGCCACAUGCUUUAUGUAAUAUAAGGGCCAUACUAUUUUUACUA